AGAGCUGUUGUUGCUGUGAGUGAAAGUAGCAGUGCCGCGGGUAGUUGCGGUGGCUCCGGCGGGCGGCGGAGCGGUUUUAGCUAAUUUAUCUGAAUAAUUUAAUAAGCAGUAACUCAGCUCCGGUACUGUAGCACGUUUAUAUGCCGCUCCUGUCGGUAGACGCUGUUUUUAUCCGCUUAUUUACCUCAGUUUUGUGUGGAAAUGGGGGCGGAACCUUAGCUCGGUUAGCAUUAGCCGCGGUAACGGUCGGACUGCCGGAGCGCCAAGCAGCGUUUAAACACAGCUGAUGAAGCAGAGAGACAGACAGCUGAGAGAAAGAAAGACAGCUGAGAGAGGGACAGGAGGGACUAUCUGAACCGAAGGACGAGUUAAAAACAUACAGGAUUUGCUGAGGGAUUUGCCGUGGGAGUUAUCGUCAUAAUGGAAUCUGCAUCAGAUCCCACUCCACCAAGAGCACAUAAAGGCUCUUCUCGUUCUCCAAAAAAACCUCAGCAAAACUCUGCCAAAAGAGAAAACAGCAAACCCAACCACAAGCAGAGUCUCCAGGACGCCAGGAGAAAGGGCAGAAUGGACCGAGGGAAAGCAGAAGAGGAGAUGAUCAAUAAGCUCAAAAACAUUGAUUUGCGUUGUAAGCCUAAAGCAACUGGAACAGGCCUGGUUUACUCUGAAGCUUUUACUCACCAUCGCUGCCUCUGGGACACCAGCCAUCCAGAGUGUCCAGAGAGAGUGACCGCUGUAGUGGAGUUAAUGAAGAAAGAGGGUCUGCUCUCUCGAUGUGUGCAGGUGGAGACCAGAGCUGCAUCAGAGGAGGAGAUUUCCCUUGUUCACACAAAGGAGUAUAUUGAUCGAAUGAGAUCCACGCAAAAGAUGACAGAAGAGGAGAUGAAGUUAGUCUCGGAUGGCUAUGACUCUGUCUACCUUCACCCUGACACUUUCAGCUGUGCCUGUCUUGCUGUUGGCUCUGUUCUCCAACUGGUUGACAAGGUGAUGACCUCAGAACUUCGGAAUGGCUUCUCUGUGUCCAGGCCCCCGGGACACCAUGCCCAGACUGACCUGAUGAAUGGAUACUGUAUGUUUAAUAACCUGGCAGUGGCAGCGCGCUAUGCCCAGAAACAGCAUGGCGUCCAACGGGUUUUGAUUGUGGACUGGGAUGUGCAUCAUGGUCAGGGAAUACAGUACAUCUUCCAGGACGAUCCUAAUGUUCUUUAUUUCUCUGUUCAUCGUUACGAGGACGGUUCAUUCUGGCCCCACUUGCCAGAGUCAGACAGCAGUGCAGUGGGUUCUGGGCUGGGAGAAGGUUAUAAUAUCAACCUGCCCUGGAACAAGACAGGCAUGCAGGAUGGAGACUAUGUUGCGGCAUUCCAGAGACUUCUCCUGCCUGUUGCCUAUGAGUUCCAGCCUCAGCUUGUGUUGGUUGCUGCAGGCUUUGAUUCUGUGGUUGGUGAUCCCAAGGGUGAGAUGAGUGCGAGUCCCCAGUGUUUCUCUGUUCUGACCCACAUGCUGAUGGGAUUGGCUCAGGGCAGAAUAGUGCUUGCCUUGGAGGGUGGCUAUAACCUGCAGGCUACAGCAGAGGGUGCCUGUGCUAGUUUAAGAUCGCUCCUAGGUGACCCCUGUCCUCACCUGCCCUGUCCAGGGUCCCCAAGUGAAAGUGCUCUGAAGUCCAUCUCUAAAACUGUCUCGGAUUUGUAUCCGUUUUGGACCAGUCUGCAGAUCCUGGAAGGAGGAGCUCUUUCUGAGGCCGAGCCCCUGCCCUCCUCUGUGUGUGCUGAGAUGAAUCUGGAGUCCUCCUUACGAAGCACUGGUCUUGUGUAUGACCAGCGUAUGAUGGAGCACCACAACAUGUGGGACAGUGAUCAUCCGGAGCGCCCGCAGAGAAUCUUUCGGAUCUUUUCCCGCCAUGAAGAGUUGGGGUUUGUGGACCGUUGCCAGCGGAUACCAGCCCGUUUAGCCACAGAGGAGGAGCUUGCACUUUGUCAUGGCUUGGAACACAUAGCCACCAUAAAGAGCACAGAGCAGAUGAAGCCCAGAGACCUGCACAGGCUGGGAGAUGAAUAUAAUUCCAUCUAUAUCAGUCAAGAGAGCUACAAGAGUGCGCUGCUUGCAGCUGGAUCCUGCUUUAACUCCGCUCAGGCCAUCCUCACUGGCCAGGUGAGGAACGGUGUGGCUAUUGUUCGUCCUCCUGGUCACCAUGCUGAGAGAGAUAAAGCAUGUGGCUUCUGCUUUUUCAACACUGCUGCCCUGACUGCCCGCUAUGCCCAGAGCAUUACCCACAGUGCCCUGCGGGUCCUCAUCCUUGACUGGGAUGUGCACCAUGGCAAUGGCACCCAACAUAUCUUUGAGGAGGAUGACAGUGUCCUGUACAUCUCUCUUCAUCGCUACGAAGAUGGUUUAUUCUUCCCUUCCUCAGAGGAUGCUAAUUAUGAUAAGGUUGGACAAGGGAAGGGUGCAGGCUAUAAUGUAAACAUCCCCUGGAAUAAAGCCACGAUGGGAGAUCCAGAGUACCUGGCUGCUUUCCACAAUAUUGUGAUGCCUAUUGCACGUGAGUUUGCCCCAGAGCUGGUGCUUGUGUCAGCUGGGUUUGAUGCAGCACGGGGUGAUCCAUUAGGUAGGUACCAGGUAACCCCAGAAGGCUACGCCCACCUAACCCACCAGUUGCUGAGUUUAGCUGCAGGACGAGUGUUGGUUAUCCUGGAGGGAGGUUAUAACCUCAACUCUAUCUCUGAGUCCAUGGCCAUGUGCACCAGCAUGCUCCUAGGAGAUGCGCCCCCAAUGCUGCCCGAUUUGCCCCCUCCACACGCUAGUGCUGCAGUCACCAUCAACAACGUCCUGAGAGCACAUGCACCCUACUGGAGAUCUCUCAGAAUACAGAUUCCAGAGUCUCUGCGUAUGUCCUUGCCCUCUCCUCAGCCUAAGACCAAGCGCUCAUCAACAGGAAGAAGCAAAAAAUCUCCACGUCAGUUCACACCUGCACAGAGUCCCAGCCAGCAGCAGCAAAGUUCUCCAGUUAUAACUUCACCAGCAUCGCCUGCUGCGGCCCAGGAGGACUCGGGCCUGGACGAGCUUACUCAGGGCCUGCACUCGCUGGACCUCAGCUCAUCUACCUCAGCCAAUUCCAGCCCGACUUCCAUCCCUGUCGGAGGUGCCCGACCCAAAGUGAAGCCUAGCCCACAGAAAGACGUCACAUCAGCCCUGGAAGAGUCACCUGUGAAAGUCAUCGAGAGUGACCGAGCGGAAUCUAUUGUGAAAGCAGAGUCCACACCUAUAAAAGAAGAGAAACAGUCGUUCUCAGAACCAGCAGAAGCAGAUGCGGUUGCCAUGGGUGACCAGGACAGCGGUGUGCUGGAGGGAGCCUGUGGCUUCACACAGAAAUCGGUCUUUGAGCUCGUCUGUGGCGCAGUGGACAUGGGCGGGGACACAAUGUACGUGGUGGACCCGUUGGCAUGGUGCCCACACCUGGAAUCAGUGCGACCGCUGCCAGUAGGGGGCAUUGACGUCUUCCGCCCCUGUGAGGAGUGUGGCGCCGAUUCGGAGAACUGGGUCUGCCUCUGCUGCUACAAGGUGCUGUGUGGGCGCUUUGUAAAAGAGCACAUGGUGACCCACGGCCAGGUGUCUGGUCACCCCAUGGUUCUCAGCUUUGCUGACCUGUCUGUCUGGUGCUACCCCUGUGAAUCUUACGUUCACAACAAGGUGCUGCACGAAAUCAAAAAUGCUGCUCACGUGGCGAAGUUCGGAGAGGAAAUUCCCCCCAUCAACUAAACCAGCAAAAAAAAAAAAGACAGGAAGAGAUUGAUGUGAAAGCACUGAAAAGAAAAGGGUCACAAUAUGUGUGUGCAUGCGUGCGUGCGUGUCUGUGUACGUGCGUAUUCACACGUGUACGAGGAAGUGACAGGUGCUAUUAUGUGACGCAGAAGCGUCUGUGUAAGAAACGGUUUCACACUCGUCUUCCUCCCCGAACUCUCAUAACCCUCCUCUUCCUCCUCUCAGCAGGAGCGCCAAACUUUCAUACUGUUAAUUUCACCCUGUGCUCGAGAUCCUGAGAUGCUGAGAUCACACAUCUCUCCUGACUCUCGCACUUACGCAUUCUUCACCAAACUGAGCUCAUUCGCCAAACUGAUUUAUUGUUCAUAAAUCCUGCAGUGUUUAUUAGGUUUAUUUAUUCCAUCCAAACUGCACAAAAUUUUGUUUUCUUACCUUUCUAAUAAUUAGUAAAAGUGAUAAAUAAGCUAGCAUGGUGCUAAGAACAUCUGAGCAAACACCAGCCAAACGUUUGCACAUUCUCCGUGCAUGCAGAUUCCGCACAAAAUGAAGUUGAAGACGUACAACUUUAGAAGUUAGCUGUUUACAGUUUGAUCAGAUUCAUUCAUAGAGCCAGUAGAACAAAAAAAAAUACACAUUAGCAAUGAUUGACCACACAAACUGUCCAAGUCACAAGCAAUAAAUAGUGCAAUACUUCUAAUAUUUCUAAUGAACAAUAUUUCCGAUGGUUUAACUGUGCAUUUUUCUGUUCUUUAUUCUUAUUAUAAAUUGCUUUCCUUUCUCUAUAAACAGCCUCUGUAUCUGUUCUUGCUCUUAUUAUAAAGCAAAAAAAAAAAAAUCAUUGUAACGUAUGAUUUUGUAAGCUUUGGUACAAAAUACCCCAAUACACACUUUAAACACGGAGAAGACUCUUGUUUUUUUCUUGAUUAUUAAUUUGUAUAAUUUUUUAUAUUUCUAUAGAAACAGUUCAUGCAUGAUGCGUUCUGCAGGGUUGCUUGUUUACAUGGUAAGAAAUAAAAACUAUACAAACAUUGUGUCUUUGUA